GGGCCGUGGAGUCACUCACUUGGUGGGACUGUGGAGUCACUGGGUGGAUGUAGUUGGAGUCACUGGUGGAUGUAGUGGACUGCCCAGAGCCAACUAGUCCGGUAUUUGAAUUGAAAGUUGGCCUACGUCUCAGCGAACACCUCAGGGCUCCUCGGGGUUUUCAGUGGUUUUCUUCGGACAUGUACGGUUCCUCUUGGGUCUUCAGUCCCGUUACUCUACAGACCGAAUGAGCGCGUUGUCCUGAGAGAGCGAUGGAAAGUCGACCACUCUAAGUGGAUCCAUGGACUGUCCGCGGACUUGAGAUCUGGGGAAGUUGAAUUUGUCUUCAGUGAGAAUGAGGAUCCUGCAGAUACUUCUCCUCAUCUGUGAGGCUGUGUUGUUGACUGACUGCGCAAGAGGACCCCCGCAGGUGGCCGACCAGGUGGCCCACCGGCAGAGCGCCCGGCUGGGCAGCGCCAUCAAGCUGCCCUGCCCCGUGGACGGAGACCCCCCGCCCCUCAUCAUGUGGACCAAGGACGGGCGCAACAUCCACAGCGGCUGGACGCGCUUCCGCAUCCUCCGCCUGGGCCUGAAGAUCAAGGAGGUGGAGGCGGAGGACGCCGGCACCUACGUCUGCAAGGCCACCAACGGUUUCGGCAGCGUCAACAUCAACUACACCCUCAUCGUCAUCGAUGACUCUGGUUCUGAUAAAUCCAGACCCGGGGGACCCGCUGGACCACAUUCGGACGUUGGGCCGGAUAGCGUGUUGGGGAAACUAGCCCGCCCCCGCUUCACGCAGCCCGCCAAGAUGAGGAAGCGUGUGAUCGCCCGGCCGGUGGGCAGCUCGGUGCGUCUGAAGUGCGCGGCGAGCGGGAACCCGCGGCCGGACAUCGUGUGGCUGAAGGAGGAGCGGCGGCUGACGGAGCGGGAGGUGGGGGCGGGCCGGCAGAAGAAGUGGACCCUGAGCCUGCGGGGGCUGACCGCCGAGCAGAGCGGCCGCUACACCUGCAGGGUGUCCAACCGCGCCGGGGAGAUCAACGCCACCUACAAGGUGGAGGUCAUACAGCGAACCAACUCCAAGCCGGUGCUGACGGGCACGCACCCGGUCAACACCACGGUGGACUAUGGGGGCACCACCUCCUUCCAGUGCAAGGUGCGCAGCGACGUCAAGCCCGUCAUCCAGUGGCUGAAGCGGGUGGAGACGCACGAGGAGAGCCGCUACAACACCACCAUCGAGGUGGGCGACGACCACUUCGUGGUGCUGCCCACCGGGGAGGUGUGGUCGCGGCCCGACGGCUCCUACCUCAACAAGCUGCUGAUCACCAGAGCCAAGGAGGAGGACGCCGGCAUGUACAUCUGCCUGGGCGCCAACACCAUGGGCUACAACUUCCGCAGCGCCUUCCUCACCGUGCUACCAGACACCAAGCCUCCCACCCCGCCCAUCUUCGCCCCGUCCUCCAACUCGCUGCCCUGGCCCGUGAUCAUCGGCAUCCCCGCCGGCCUGGUGUUCAUCCUGGGCGUGGUGCUGCUGUGGUUCUGUCAGAACAAGAAGCACUGCCCGCCGCCCGGCCCCCCGGCCCCCCAGGGCCUACAUGGCCCACACCCCCGGCUGGCCUACCGGGACCGGGAGAGAGGCUGCGCCGCCCCCUCGUCCGGCUCCUCCAGCCCCGAGAAGGAGUGCUCCGUGGGCUCCAUGAACUACGAGGAGUACCUGGCCCAGCAGCAGCAGCAGCUCCUGCUGGGCCAGGGCAGCUCGGGGCUGGCCACCAAGAUCUACCCCAAGAUCUACACGGACAUACACACUCACACACACUCCCACGUGGACGGCAAGGUGCACCAGCAUCAGCACAUCCAUUACCAGUGUUAACCCCCCCCCCGCGCUCUGUCACAGGGACCGCUGUGGUCUUGUGAACCCACACCAGCUCUGGAGGUCUCAAACCCACCAGGGCAAAGCUCCCUCCUUUGUUUUUAUAGACACCUUUACCAAAUCUGUGCCAAAGUCUUGCUGCAGCGGGGCAUUGAUGGCUGUGCGUCCGAGCGAGCGGUCCUGUGAUUGACAUGUUGGUGGUCAGUGAUGCAACGCGUCAGGUUCGCUGCUUUCCCUUCCCUGCUCGUCACCAUGGUCACACCACUAAAGAGAAAAACAUUGGAUUCCUCCGGUGCACUAAAGGAGUCGGUGCUGUGUCUCGUGUGUGUUUCCAGAAGCAGACGAAUCAAUGCUAAGAUGUGGAUGGAUUCCUGUUGGUGUGUCUAGUGGGUUUUUCCACCUUCUGCUCAAGUGAAGUUCAAAAGGGCUCCUUUAAGCUGUUCACUUCCACAACUGUGUGCAUGCUCCAUGGUCGAGGUAAUUCAAGUGGUACUGAAUAUUUUUACAAAAAGGGCUGGUUUAAUGCUCCUUCUCAGGUAUCCCUUUGUUAGCGUGACAUGGUGUUUGUAAUGCCCGUAUGUUAAAAGCCUACCACUAUCCUCACAAAGCAGAAUUUAGCCCUCUUUAGAUGUAUGUGAACCCUAGGACUGCAAGGGAUAUAAUAAAAAAUGUGUUUCCAUGUUGUGUGAUUAGACACCAUCUACAUUCUCCAUGACCUUCUUCAGUUGGUUGAGCAAGAACAUCAAAUGUUUUCCCCGCCAAAUGAUUACCAGCCAGGGUAGAAAGUGUUUUGGACUGCAACCCUACCCAACCAAUUUAUGAAGCUCUAGUUGUUUAUAUCCAAAUUGAGUCGUAUUUAAUUUAUUUGAAUAAGAAAAUGUAUCAAUAGUUUAUUUUUCAGAGUUAUGCAUUUUACACAUCAUUGUAAGUUUAUUAAAGUAUACUGUAGUCCUGUAUAGUAUAUAUUUGAGUAUUUUUGUCAAGAUAGAGUAAUCACAUGUAUAUGGAAAUGUUUACUGUAGGUAUUUUAAUUUGUUGUAUGACAAUCUUGUAUUAUACAUUUACUCAAGUAUAAAAUCUAAAUCAUCUAUUUUGAUGAUUUAGCCGUUCGAUUAAA